AAGUAAUUAACAUAACAAUAAUCGCCAGUGCGUUUCGGGUUUAGCUCCCGAUCAGAACCAGAUGGGCUAACAAAUGCAGAGCCCCAGACGGGUGCCGGGGGACGUCUCCCACCGGCCCCUGGUGGCUGUCUUAUAGCGUGUCCGCCAAGACUGUGCCAACCUCCGAUACAGACCCCGCGGGAUUUUUCCAUACAACACAGAGACUACAGACAACACAGAGACUCAGAACAACACAGAGACUCAAGCCGGCCGACUUACCCAAUCUGCCUACAGCGAUGACCUGUUGACCUGGGGUCUGGUGGGCUUAGGGGAAUCCCAGACGAGCCCCAAAAUGUUGUGCCCGAAGUCGCGAGACCCCAGUAAGCGACCACCAGAGUCCAGAGUCAAAGCCAAAUAGCCGGGGUCGCUUUAUUUCGAGUUCGAACCCGGACCUCUCCGCACCUAACAAUGGCAGCCAAUUGGACUUCCAGGAGGAAAAGGUCCCACUCAAGGAAGUGUGUGGAUUGGUUGUAUUUAAAGUCCUACCGCCGGCCUGAAUUUGGUCAUUGCAUGGAUCAAAAUUUCUGCAGCUUGAGAAAACCCUGCAAAACAUCCGGAAAGGAAGACCAGGGAAUUUAUCAGAGCAAAGUUCGGGAGCUGAUCAGUGACAACCAAUACCGGCUGAUUGUCAAUGUGAAUGACCUGCGCAGGAAAAACGAGAAGAGGGCUAACCGGCUUCUGAACAAUGCCUUUGAGGAGCUGGUUGCCUUCCAGCGGGCCUUAAAGGAUUUUGUGGCCUCCAUUGAUGCUACCUAUGCCAAGCAGUAUGAGGAGUUCUACAUAGGAUUGGAAGGCAGCUUUGGCUCCAAGCAUGUCUCCCCGCGGACUCUUACCUCCUGCUUCCUCAGCUGUGUGGUCUGUGUGGAGGGCAUUGUCACUAAAUGUUCUCUAGUUCGUCCCAAAGUCGUCCGUAGUGUCCACUAUUGUCCUGCUACUAAGAAGACCAUAGAGCGACGUUAUUCUGAUCUCACCACCCUGGUGGCCUUUCCCUCCAGCUCUGUCUAUCCUACCAAGGAUGAGGAGAACAAUCCCCUUGAGACGGAAUAUGGCCUUUCCGUCUACAGGGAUCACCAGACCAUCACCAUCCAGGAGAUGCCGGAGAAGGCCCCAGCUGGCCAGCUACCCCGCUCUGUGGACGUCAUUCUGGAUGAUGACUUGGUGGAUAAAGCAAAGCCUGGUGACCGGGUUCAGGUAGUGGGAACCUACCGUUGCCUUCCUGGAAAGAAGGGAGGCUACACCUCUGGGACUUUCAGGACUGUCCUGAUUGCCUGUAAUGUUAAGCAGAUGAGCAAGGAUGCUCAGCCUUCUUUCUCUGCUGAGGAUAUAGCCAAGAUCAAGAAGUUCAGUAAAACCCGAUCCAAGGAUAUCUUUGACCAGCUGGCCAGGUCAUUGGCCCCUAGUAUCCAUGGGCAUGACUAUGUCAAGAAAGCAAUCCUUUGCUUGCUCUUGGGAGGGGUGGAACGAGACUUAGAAAAUGGCAGCCACAUCCGUGGGGACAUCAAUAUUCUUCUAAUAGGAGACCCAUCGGUUGCCAAGUCUCAGCUUCUGCGGUACGUGCUUUGCACUGCACCCCGGGCUAUCCCCACCACUGGCCGGGGCUCCUCGGGAGUGGGUCUGACGGCUGCGGUCACCACAGACCAGGAAACAGGAGAUCGUCGUCUGGAAGCGGGGGCCAUGGUCCUGGCUGACCGAGGUGUGGUUUGCAUUGAUGAAUUUGACAAAAUGUCUGACAUGGAUCGCACAGCCAUCCAUGAAGUGAUGGAGCAGGGUCGAGUGACCAUUGCCAAGGCUGGUAUCCAUGCUCGGUUGAAUGCCCGCUGCAGUGUUUUGGCAGCUGCCAACCCCGUCUACGGCAGGUAUGACCAGUAUAAGACUCCAAUGGAGAACAUUGGACUACAGGACUCACUGCUGUCUCGAUUUGACUUGCUCUUCAUCAUGCUGGAUCAGAUGGAUCCUGAGCAGGAUCGGGAGAUCUCAGACCAUGUCCUUCGGAUGCAUCGUUACAGAGCACCUGGGGAGCAGGAUGGCGAUGCUAUGCCCUUGGGUAGUGCUGUGGAUAUCCUGGCCACAGAUGAUCCCAACUUUAGCCAGGAAGACCAGCAGGACACCCAGAUUUAUGAGAAGCAUGACAACCUUCUACAUGGGACCAAGAAGAAAAAGGAGAAGAUGGUGAGUGCAGCGUUCAUGAAGAAGUACAUCCAUGUGGCCAGAAUCAUCAAGCCUGUCCUGACACAGGAGUCAGCCACCUACAUUGCAGAAGAGUAUUCACGCCUGCGCAGCCAAGAUAGCAUGAGCUCGGACACUGCCAGGACAUCUCCAGUUACAGCCCGAACACUGGAAACCCUGAUUCGACUGGCCACAGCCCAUGCGAAGGCCCGCAUGAGCAAGACUGUGGACCUGCAGGAUGCAGAGGAAGCUGUGGAGUUGGUCCAGUAUGCUUACUUCAAGAAGGUUCUGGAGAAGGAGAAGAAACGUAAGAAGCGAAGUGAGGAUGAAUCAGAGACAGAAGAUGAAGAAGAGAAAAGCCAAGAGGACCAGGAGCAGAAGAGGAAGAGAAGGAAGACUCGCCAGCCAGAUGCCAAAGAUGGGGAUUCAUACGACCCCUAUGACUUCAGUGACACAGAGGAGGACAUGCCUCAAGUAUACACUCCAAAGACGGCAGACUCACAGGAGACCAAGGAAUCCCAGAAAGUGGAGUUAAGUGAAUCCAGGUUGAAGGCAUUCAAGGUGGCCCUCUUGGAUGUGUUCCGGGAAGCUCAUGCGCAGUCAGUCGGCAUGAAUCGCCUCACAGAAUCCAUCAACCGGGACAGCGAAGAGCCCUUCUCUUCAGUUGAGAUCCAGGCUGCUCUGAGCAAGAUGCAGGAUGACAAUCAGGUCAUGGUGUCUGAGGGCAUCAUCUUCCUCAUCUGAGGAGGCCUCGUCUCUGAACUUGGGUUGUGCCGAGAGAGUUUCUUCCGUGUUUCCCACCCUGUCCCCGACCCAAGUCUUUGCCUCUACUCCCCUGACUAACAGUGUUGAACUGAAGGCGAGGAAUGUUGGUGAUGAAGCUGAGUCAGGACUCGGUGGACCCUUUGGGAAUGGGUCAUGAAAGCUGCCAUGGGGUGAGGAAAGAGGAGACAGUGAGAGAGGACAAGGACUAUUGCAUCUUCAUUGCAAAAGCACUGGCUCAUCCAUCCGCCCUACUUCCCAUCCCACACAAACCCAACUGUAAAUAACAUAUGACUUCUGAGUACUUUUGGGGGCACAACUGUUUUCUGUUUGCUGUGUAUUUUUUUUUCCUGCAGAGCACUGUGGUUAGACUAGGCUUUGGGUGGUUCUAACUGGUGGAGAGAAGCUCUGAGGCACGUCAUGCAGGUCAAGAGAGCUUUCUUUACAAUAGCACCAGUUAAGGUGAAUAUAUGUUGUACCACAAAACAAACCCAAUAUCCAGAUGAAUAUCCGAGAUGUUGAAUAAACUUAGCCAUUUUGUACA